AUGGGGGCCAGCCUCAGCGUCGUGCCGCUCAUCGACUACUUCGCCCGGCGCGAGUUCCUCGCCGCCGGCCUCCGCCCCCACUCGGUCACGCUCCCCUACCCCGACGGCGGCUCGUCGGGCACCUGCACCAUGCACUACUGGGCGCCGGCGGGGGAGCCGCGGCUGCCGCCACUGCUGCUCAUUCACGGCUUCGGCCCUCGGGCCACCUGGCAGUGGCGCUGCCAGGUGGGGCCGCUGUCCCGCCAGUUCCACGUCAUCGUCCCGGACCUGCUCGGCUUCGGCGGCAGCUCCUGGGACUCGCCCUCGGCGCCGCCGCCGUCCGAGGCCACGCAGGCCGCGGCGCUCGCGGCGCUGCUGGACUCGGUGGAGGGGCUGAAGGGCAAGCGGGUGGCCGUGGCGGGCACGAGCUACGGCGGGUUCGUGGCCUACUGGCUGGCGCGCGCGGCGGGGCCCCGGAGGGUGGGCCCCGUGGUGAUCGCGAGCUCCGACCUGCUCAAGACGGCGGCCGACGACCGCGCGUUCCUGAAGAGGGCCGGCGAAGGGUGGAGCGGCGCGCACGAGCUGCUCCUGCCGGCCGAGCCCGCCGCCAUGAGGAGGCUGAUGGAGAUGGCCGUGUACCGCCCCCCGCCGGCCAUGAUGACGCCGGACUUCGUCCUCCGGGACUUCAUCCAGAAACUGUUCAUGGACAACAGGGAGCAGCUCACCCAUCUUUUCAAGGGGAUCACCGUCGGCACCGACAAGUUCCAAGUCACACCAUUGUCUCAGGAAGUGUUGAUUGUCUGGGGAGAGCAUGAUCAGUUGUUCCCCGUCGAAAAGGCCUCUGGAAUCCAGAGCUCUUUGGAUGGGAAAGCCAGAGUGGAGAUCAUCAAGAAAACGGGCCAUGCUCCACAGCUCGAGGACCCGGCUCGGUUCAACAAGAUCAUGCUGGACUUCUUGAUGGCUCCAGACCCUGCUUGCACCAAUGGCAGCUCGCUAUGAGAUGCAUAGCCACUACCUACACCAUUGGUUGCAAUAAGAUUGCUUAGCCAUUUGGGCCCAUGCAUUCAGAGCUAUCAUGUACUACUAAUGUGUACAUCAAUCAGGGUCUAUUUGAUUUGCAUGAUUCGGGGAUGCAGGAUUAGAGUGUCACAUCAUCUUCGAUAUUUGAUUAUGUAGUACAAAGAAAGCAUUUUUUCCCUUCAGAGAAUUACAACGGAUGAAAAAGUUUCUAUGAAAUCCAGUGUAAUUGUAUAUCAAAGAAAAAAUAACAUGAUUUUUUUCCCUUCUGAAGGGAAGGUUA